AUGGCAAAACAUAUUUUGAGUGACUCUCAAAUAAUUGAUUUGAUGAAUUUUGAUAUUAGUGAUGAUGACUUGGAUUGUUCAGAUGUGGAAUUUGACUUGAAUGAUGUUUUGAAACAUAUAGAUGAUGACACAACACCAUUGGUUUUCCAAGAUGAAUAUCAAGAGCUGCAGCAACAUGUGAAUCCACCAGAUUUAGAAGUAGAAAAUGAAAAAAGUUUUUUUAUAAAUAAUCGUACUACUCAAAGCCAGAAAAAAAAUACUCAAAAAUAUUUGAAAUCCGAAUUAACAAAACUAAAAUGGAGAGAAGCCAAUUUUUGUCCUGAUUCCCAGUUUUUAAACUUUGAACCUGUUCCACUUCCUGUUGAAAUAUCUAAAUUGAAAACACCAAUUGACUUUUUUUCAUAUUUUUUUAACGACGACCUAUAUUCACAUAUAAAAUCUGAAUCAAUUAAAUAUUCAGUUCAAAAAAAUAUUAACAAACCCAUAACUUUUACUACAAAUGAGUUAGAACAGUAUAUUGGAAUAACAAUAUUUACAUCUAUUGUUCAAAUUGCUAAUGUUAGGAAGUAUUGGAGCUCUAGAGUCGGAUAUCCUCCUAUAAAGUGUACCAUGGGGCAGAAACGUUUUGAACAAAUAAAGAGCAUUAUUCAUUUUAAUGAUAAUGAUACAGCUCUCCCAAGAAAUCAUGAGGACCACGAUAGAUGUCAUAAGCUUAGACCUAUAUUUGAUCAUUUAAAUAAACAGUUUUCUAGCAUUCCUCUUGAAAGAGAUUUAGCUAUAGAUGAGCAACUGUGUGCCACAAAAGCACGCAGCUAUUUAAAGCAAUAUUUACCUUUAAAACCACAUAAGUGGGGAUAUAAGUUUUUUGUUUUAUGUAGUAGUAAAGGAUAUGCAUACAACUUUGAAUUAUACACUGGUCAAGAAAAUUUUGAGAAAUUUAGACUUAACACUGAACCUGAUUUGAUGGCUAGUGCCAAUGUUGUUGUUAGACUUAGUAGAAUAAUUCCGGAAAAAAAAAACCACAGACUCUACUUCGAUAAUUAUUACACUACCAUACCACUUGUACAAUAUAUGGCAAAAAAAGGUAUUUUAACACUCGGAACUGUUCGUAGAAACCGAAUUCCCAAUUGUAAGUUUCCAUCUGAAAAAAUAAUGCUUAAAGAACCUAGGGGAACUUCAUACGAAUAUUUAACUGUAUUUAACAACGUUCCAAUAACUUCAGUCAUAUGGAAAGAUAAUAAACUGGUGACACUUCUUUCAUCUUAUUGUGGCAUAUUACCUGAGAUGUCAAUCAAUCGAUUUGAUAAAAAAUCCAAAAGAAAUAUGGAAGAAAUAUCGAGGGUCGUGAAGAUCACGCCAUGUGAUAAAGUCCCGAGUUGCGUGUUUAUAUUGGGCAUCGGGUUCAGCUGA